CAGCAGACUAUAACGACUUUGACGCGCCGACGCAACCGACCCCUCUCCUCGUUCAUCUUCGUUUCUUCGGUGACUUCUCCGGUCCUCCUCAUUCCCUCCCGUCCCUCUCGUCUUCAUCCCUCCAUCCCUAUCGAUCGUCCGAUUCGUUCCGUCUUGGUAGCUCCUCCACCGCCAUAAACAUCCGAGCCGGUCGGAUUUCCCUGGAGCGGUUAUCUUUUGGGGGUUAAAUCUGUGUCGGAGUGAUCCAGAUACCGAGCCUCGAAGCCUCAGGGUUCUUGCCGGGAGUGAACUACGUUUCUUGGUUUUCCGAGGCGAUUGGUGAUUAGGGUUAUUGGAUAAACUCUGAUUUGGGUGUUUCGGGCUUCGACGGUCAUCCGAGGGCUCGGUGCCUCAUGAUUAAGCAGCUGGAGUCGCGAGGUCAGAUCACCACCAUACGUGCUAGUCACGAAAACACCUGAUACCGCGCUCCCAAUUAUCGCGGGUUCUUGGAUCUGGUCGUGAUCCUUUAAAGAAAUUGCGCGCAGGAAGUUCUUUCUUCAUUUUCUUCACCUCGAAUCGGCUCUUCUCACAUGUACUCUUGGUUUUGUACCAUCUCACAUUGAUUGGAAUAGUACUUCAUACAAAUACUGGAGACGUGAGCUCAGACCACCAUCAUAGGUGCUAGUCGGAUAUGGUUAACGAUGGCCGUCGAUCAUCAAGUGAACUUGUGGCACCUGAUGGUAAAUCAUCUAGCACAGGCUACAUGAUUGAAAAUGGUGAUGUUGGUCCUUUGGCUCAGACAUCUGAUUCUUUAAUCAGGCAUCAAUUUCAAAAUCAUCCUGGUCCUGGUAAAAGAGAUGAAUUAAAGAACCACUUAUUGGAUCCAGAAAUCAUGGAACUUUACUACAGAUCCCGCCAGCAAGAAGAAGAGAUCCUGCUUCUCCGUCAACAAAUCACCAAUGCAUGUAUCAAAGAGCUUCAGUUAUUAAAUGAGAAGCAUAUUUUGGAGAGAAGGCUUUCUGAAUUGCAGAUAGCUCUUGAUGAGAGGCAGGAUGAUGCUGUAGCUAGUGCCUUGAAAGAAUUGACUAAAAAGAGAAGCUAUCUUGAUGAAAACUUAAGAUUGACUGAUAAUCUUAAGGUUGUAGAGGAAGAGAUGUAUAUAUUGACUUCUUCAUUCCUAAGUUUAUUAGCUGAAUAUGACAUCCGACCCCCUGUUAUCAGUUCUUCUGCAAUUUCCUACGGUAUAAAGCAAUUGUACCAGAGUAUGCAUUGGAAGAUUAGAUAUAAUGAAUCAGUUAUACCCGAGCUUCGUCUAUAUGAUCAACAUCCUAUGGAUUUGCAUGGCACAUCAACAGCUAAUCAGUUGAGAGUCUCUCAAGACUUUGCAAAGAUAGAUAAAAAGGAUGUAGAUGUUACUCUAAACUCUGAGAUAACUUAUCCAGUUGCUUAUGAGAAGCCAAGAGAUCUGCCAUCAGAAUUUCAUAAGGAGGUUGGUAAUACUGGUGUUUCCAGCUCUUCUGAAGGUUAUGCUCAUAAGGCCACAUUUAGAACUUUAAAUGCUGAUGCCCAAUUUCAUACGGCUACUGUGCACGAUAACCAAGGGUCCUUUGUUUUGGAAGCAGGUGAAUAUGACUUACCUGGUAUCGAAGGGUUUCAAAUAUAUGGUGAGCCUAAACCAGGAUGCAAGUUACAAGCCUGUGGAUAUCCAACAAAUGGUACAACUCUUUGCAUCUUUCAGUGGGUUCGUGAACUUGAUAAUGGCACUAGGCAGUAUAUAGAAGGAGUCAAUGUUCCGGAAUAUGUGGUAACUGCUGAUGAUGUUGAUACUAUUCUUGCUGUAGAAUGCACACCCAUCGACAACAAUGACCAUCAGGGUGAUUUGGUGAGGCAAUUUGCCAACAAUCAGAACAAGAUAACGUGCGAUUCCGAGAUGCAGAAUCAGAUUGAUGCCUAUAUAUCUGCUGGGAAGGCAAUAUUUAACAUUAAAGCAUUGGUGGAUUCCUCCAACUGGCAGCAAACAGUUCUUGUUGUGAAACGAUCCAUCUAUCAGAUUAAGGUGAAACAUUCUGAUGAUUUGGUAAUGGAAGAAAAAUAUUCACCUGAUUUAAAAAUCAAAGUUCCUCUUGGGUACACAACCCAGUUUGUGUUGACUUGUUCAGAUGGAAUCAAUCUCCCACUUAGCACAGAUGGAACUUGUCAGCCGUAUAGCCUGGAGAAUGACGUUCGGUUACGGGAUAUCAUCGUGUUGACCAUGAGACACUUCCAGUCUAAGGUCCUAGAUAUUAAAAGAAAAGUGAAGGCCUAGACAUCAUCUUACCAGUUUUGAGGCAAUUGUACCAUUAUUUUUUGUUUUUUGUUUUUUAUUUAAAUCACGACAUAUUUUUGCCUUCUGAGUUCCAGCGAUUCUUCCUCUGUUCUUAUAGAUUCAAGUGAUAAUUGCGUACCGUCGACAAAGAAUGCUGGUAAAUAUAAUAAAUUCUAGUUUUGGUA